GGGCCCCGGGUCCGCGGCGUGGGGCGGGCAGGCGGACGCCGGCCGCGGGCUGCUUUCGUCGGCUCCCAAGCUCGCCCGGAGCGAGCAGCCGCCCGCGAGCCGCCGCGGAGCCUCCUCGCCCGCUCCCGCCGGCGAGCAAGAUGAUGUGCGAGGUGAUGCCGACCAUCAGCGAAGCAGAAGGCCCCCCUGGAGGAGGUGGAGGCCAUGGUUCCGGCUCCCCUUCACAGCCAGAUGCAGAUUCACAUUUUGAACAGUUGAUGGUCUCCAUGCUAGAAGAAAGGGACCGCCUUCUUGACACACUGAGAGAGACUCAAGAAACGCUGGCCUUAACCCAGGGGAAGUUACACGAGGUUGGUCAUGAAAGAGAUUCCUUGCAGAGACAGCUCAACACGGCACUUCCGCAGGAGUUCGCAGCACUUACUAAAGAACUCAAUGUAUGCAGGGAACAGCUCCUUGAAAGGGAAGAAGAAAUUGCUGAACUGAAAGCAGAAAGGAAUAACACCAGGCUGCUGUUAGAGCAUUUGGAAUGCCUUGUCUCCAGGCAUGAGCGGUCUCUUAGGAUGACUGUGGUGAAGAGACAAGCGCAGUCUCCAGCAGGCGUGUCCAGCGAAGUGGAAGUGCUGAAAGCACUGAAGUCCUUAUUUGAACACCACAAAGCUCUGGAUGAAAAGGUGAGAGAGCGAUUACGAGUAGCACUUGAAAGAUGUAGUUUGUUAGAAGAGGAAUUAGGUGCCACACACAAAGAGCUAAUGAUUCUUAAAGAACAGAAUAAUCAGAAAAAAACUCUAACAGAUGGAGUGCUGGACAUAAACCAUGAACAAGAAAAUACACCAAGCACGAAUGGAAAGAGAUCUUCUGAUGGUUCUUUAAGCCACGAGGAAGACCUUGCUAAAGUAAUUGAGCUCCAAGAAAUCAUAAGUAAGCAGUCAAGGGAACAGAGCCAAAUGAAAGAACGCCUGGCUUCACUUUCCAGUCAUGUGACAGAACUGGAAGAGGAUCUGGACACUGCUAGAAAAGAUCUCAUCAAAUCUGAAGAAAUGAACACAAAAUUGCAACGAGAUGUCCGUGAAGCCAUGGCCCAAAAGGAAGAUAUGGAAGAGAGAAUCACUACUCUUGAAAAACGCUACCUCGCUGCACAGCGUGAAGCCACAUCUGUGCAUGACCUCAAUGAUAAACUUGAAAAUGAAAUUGCAAAUAAAGAUUCUAUGCAUCGACAGACUGAAGAUAAAAACCGCCAGUUACAGGAGCGCUUGGAAUUGGCAGAGCAAAAGCUGCAACAGACACUGAGGAAGGCAGAGACGCUCCCGGAGGUGGAGGCGGAGCUGGCCCAGAGGGUGGCAGCGCUUUCCAAGUCUGACCUUUUGUCUUCUGGGAGCUCUGCUGCUAAGGAAGCUAAACUGUUGGAACUUACUUCCAAGCUUAGGAAGGCUGAAGAGAGACACGGCAACAUUGAAGAAAGGUUACGACAGAUGGAAGCACAGUUGGAGGAGAAGAAUCAAGAACUGCAGCGGGCAAGGCAAAGAGAAAAAAUGAACGAAGAACAUAAUAAACGUUUAUCAGACACUGUUGACAAGCUGCUUUCAGAAUCUAAUGAGAGGCUUCAACUUCAUCUUAAAGAGAGAAUGGCUGCUUUGGAAGAUAAGAACUCUCUUUUAAGAGAAGUUGAAAAUGCAAAAAAGCAGUUAGAAGAAACACAACACGAUAAGGAUCAGCUUGUCCUAAACAUUGAAGCAUUGAGGGCUGAACUAGACCAGAUGAGACUAAGAGGUGCUUCACUUCAUCAUGGCCGACCCCACUUGGGCAGUGUCCCAGAUUUCAGGUUCCCCAUGGCAGACGGCCACACAGACUCCUACAGCACAAGUGCAGUGCUGCGGCGCCCGCAGAAAGGCCGGCUGGCAGCCCUGCGAGAUGAGCCUUCCAAGGUACAAACUCUUAAUGAGCAGGAUUGGGAACGUGCCCAGCAAGCUAGUGUCUUGGCAAAUGUAGCACAAGCAUUCGAGAGUGAUGCUGACGUGUCUGAUGGUGAAGAUGACAGGGACACUCUCCUCAGCUCAGUUGACCUGCUGUCGCCCAGCGGGCAGGCCGACGCGCACACACUAGCCAUGAUGCUUCAGGAGCAGCUGGAUGCCAUCAACAAAGAGAUCAGGUUGAUUCAGGAAGAAAAAGAAAAUACAGAGCAGCGGGCAGAGGAGAUUGAAAGUCGAGUUGGCAGUGGAAGUCUAGACAAUCUUGGUCGUUUUAGAUCAAUGAGCUCCAUUCCCCCCUACCCUGCUUCCUCGCUUGCUAGCUCCUCCCCUCCGGGCAGUGGGCGCUCCACCCCACGAAGGAUCCCUCACAGCCCAGCUCGGGAAGUGGACAGACUGGGCGUCAUGACCCUUUUGCCACCUUCCAGAGAAGAGGUACGAGAUGACAAGACAACCAUAAAGUGUGAAACCUCCCCGCCUUCCUCCCCAAGAGCCCUUCGGUUAGACCGGCUGCACAAAGGGGCGCUGCACACCGUCAGCCACGAGGACAUCAGGGACAUAAGGAACUCCACAGGCUCCCAGGAUGGUCCCGUGAGCAACCCCAGCAGUAGCAACAGUAGCCAGGACUCGCUCCACAAAGCCCCAAAGAAGAAAGGCAUUAAGUCCUCCAUUGGCCGCUUGUUUGGCAAGAAAGAAAAGGGCCGACCUGGACAAACUGGCAAAGAAGCAUUAGGACAAGCUGGUGUUUCCGAGACGGAUAACUCAUCUCAGGAUGCCUUGGGACUUAGCAAAUUGGGGGGACAGGCUGAAAAAAAUCGUAAACUUCAAAAAAAGCAUGAAUUGCUGGAGGAAGCCCGGAGACAAGGUUUACCUUUUGCCCAGUGGGACGGGCCAACGGUUGUGGUCUGGCUAGAGCUCUGGGUUGGGAUGCCAGCCUGGUAUGUGGCUGCCUGCCGAGCAAACGUGAAAAGUGGGGCCAUCAUGUCGGCCCUGUCCGACACAGAGAUCCAGCGUGAGAUUGGCAUCAGCAACCCCCUGCACAGGCUGAAGCUGAGGCUGGCCAUCCAGGAGAUCAUGUCGCUGACCAGCCCGUCCGCCCCGCCCACAUCUAGAACGACACUCGCCUAUGGGGACAUGAACCACGAGUGGAUCGGCAACGAGUGGCUCCCCAGCCUGGGCCUCCCCCAGUACCGCAGCUACUUCAUGGAGUGCCUUGUAGACGCCAGGAUGCUGGACCACUUGACCAAGAAAGACCUUCGAGGGCAGCUGAAAAUGGUCGACAGUUUUCACAGAAACAGUUUCCAGUGUGGAAUUAUGUGCCUGAGAAGGUUAAAUUAUGACCGGAAAGAACUGGAAAGAAAAAGAGAAGAAAGUCAGAGUGAAAUAAAAGACGUGCUUGUUUGGAGCAAUGAUCGAGUGAUUCGCUGGAUCCUGUCAAUUGGCCUUAAAGAAUAUGCAAACAAUCUUAUAGAGAGUGGUGUUCACGGAGCACUUCUGGCCUUAGACGAAACCUUCGACUUCAGUGCACUGGCACUGCUGUUACAGAUCCCGACGCAGAACACACAGGCUCGUGCUGUCUUGGAAAGAGAAUUUAACAACCUUUUGGUCAUGGGGACUGAUAGAAGGUUUGAUGAAGAUGAUGAUAAAAGCUUUAGGAGAGCACCUUCAUGGAGAAAAAAGUUUAGACCAAAGGACAUUCGUGGCUUAGCUGCUGGGUCAGCAGAGACUCUCCCUGCAAACUUCCGGGUGACUUCUUCUAUGUCUUCCCCCUCUAUGCAGCCAAAGAAGAUGCAGAUGGACGUUUACCCACACUACUUCUACAGAUGAUUACACAGCAUUUGAAUCCAACAAAGACUACAUUUUAGAAUCCAGUGGAAUCUUUAAUCUUGUUAAUACUUGUUAUAUGGACCCUAAGAUAUUUUAUUACAGAGUUUUUAAUUAGUGAAAAAUUCAUGAAUACCAUAGAGAAAAUAUUUUAGAAUUUAAUGUUUCUUAUAUUUAUGUAAACUUAUGACUCUUCAUUUAUAUAGUUACUUACUUUUUCAUGUAUAUCCAGGCUAUAAAUAUCUUUUCAAAUCAUGUUCUUAUACCUAAUUUUAGUCUUUCAAAUGAAUGUACUGUAAUGCUUGUAUGUAUAAAUCCUAUGAACAAAUAGAGGGCUUUUGUAAAUUAUGCAUUUAUUGUAAUUAUCAUUAUUUUUUAAUGAUAAACCAUGACAAAGGAUUUUACUACGUUUAUAAAAUUAUGACAGAAGCCAUGUGCAUUAUCCUUUACAGACGCAGCCUAGCUCUACAGCAAUCAUCCUGAAAUAAGCAUACCUAAUUUCAAGCAAUUGUUGUAUUUUCAUGACUGACCUUAACUGUACUUUUUCUAGCAAAAGAUGCUUUAUUCUGCAGCAUGAACAGAUUUAAAAUGGCUGGUGUUAAAUAUCAGCUCCUAAUAAGAUGUGGACUGAAAACACUAUCACAACACUAUGAGAAGCCCCUAGCACUGGUUAACGCUUUCCUAGCCUAGUCUCUGGAUUUGGGGAGCUUGUCUUCAGUGGCUGACUGAGACCAUGAGCUGGGAGCAGUUCUCUCAGCUGGAGAGACUCGGGAUGGGGUAACCUGGGGACCAGCCUAGCCCCUGCACCCUCUUCCCUGCCUCUGCUCCUUGGGAGCAGGUGGAGAGACACCCAUGUGGCUCCCCUUAGGGCCAGCACCAAGCACCACGCUCUCAUCCUGCAAGUCGGCGCACACAGUGGAUGAAGGCAGGAGACCCAGAAAGCAGUGCAGUGCAGCUCUAAUAAAGGCCUUAUUUUUCUUAUGUAAAUCAUCUUUUUACAUUUGUUUAUAAACAUGUUUAAAGAACGAACCUAGUGGGACAUUUUUAGACUUUGAUUCUCUAGCCAUUUUGGAUUGUGUAAGUUGCAGAUGUGGCUUUUACUUUUUAAAUGGCAUAUUAACAAGCCAGCAAAGUGUGUCAGACCAUGGCGUGGUAUUUAUUGUGCAGCAGAUCCAGAGACAGAGGCAGCCUGUCUUUUCACAGUUGGUUUCUGCUUUUAAUUUACUUGUACAAUUCAUUGUUACUGUUCUGUUUUUCUAUUAAUCUUUUGUGAACUUCCUGAUUAUGUAACAAAGUAUGUACAGUCUACUUUUGAACUAUUUUUAUCACAGUAUUAUUUAUUGCUUUCUUCCAAUAAAGUACUGAAGCAUUUUCCACUGCCAA